UUGGAUCUGACCAAGUCGAUUCAGGGCGCUGUAAUACUGGGAGAAAAAACUCUCGGCUCAGUUGAGCAUCAGCUACUCAAGUCCCAAAUCACUUUGCAAGGGGCCGUCACUUCUCUGAAAACCCUCAGCGUUAAUUCGCUCACUCUAAAAAACAAGUUUCACUCUCUCUUGUCUUCCAACUUUCUUCCAAACAUUAAUUGUUCUAAAUUGAAUGCCAUCGUUCUCUUUUUCGUGUUGACCUACUAGAUUGCGCAACUUUUCUAUCUUUGCAGGCAGAGGCUCGAACUUUGGGUUUGCGUUUAAAUGGUCUCCACUUUAUAAAAAUAUACAAGAUAGAUCUGGAUUGCCGCUCUUAGUUGGCUUAUACUUAGAGAACCGGUUGAGCUGUCGAGCUCUAAUUGACAUUGUGGGCAGAGCAGUAUAUUGUUAACUUUUUCAUAUCAAACAUCGUUUUGGAAUUAUUUCUG